AUGUUCACAUUGAAUACUCGAACUACAUGCGUUGAACGAAGCCUGAGCGCGAAGUUGCACGAACCUAAGCUGUCGCGUUCGCGCACGACGGCGCGUGUGACGCCACGAAAUGUGGUCACAGCGUCUGGUGCCCCUUUAACUGAUCGGAAAUUGCGUGUCGCUGUCAUCGGUGGUGGUCCUGCCGGUGCUUGCGCCGCUGAAACUCUGGCGAAGGGUGGAUGCGAGACCUUCCUGAUCGAGCGCAAGAUGGACAACUGCAAGCCCUGUGGUGGCGCCAUCCCGCUGUGCAUGGUUGGUGAAUUCGACUUGCCGGAAGAAAUCAUCGACCGUAAGGUCACUAAAAUGAAGAUGAUCUCGCCUUCGAACCGUGCCGUGGAUGUCGGACAAACUCUGAACGACAAGGAGUACAUCGGUAUGUGCCGUCGAGAAGUCAUGGAUGACUUCCUGCGCAAACGCGCGAAGAGCCUAGGCGCGAACCUUGUCAACGGUCUUUUCAUGAAAAUCGAAGAUCCCGGCCAAGGAAACGGCCCUAUCAUGGUCCAGUACAACGAUUACGAAGAAGAAAGCAAGACUGGCGUUCCCAAAACGCUUGAGGUUGACGUCGUCAUCGGCGCGGAUGGUGCCAACUCUCGCGUUGCCAAGUGCAUCGACGCAGGUGAAUAUGACUACGCCAUCGCCUUCCAGGAACGCAUUAAGAUUCCGGAUGCAAAGAUGGAGUACUAUAAAGACCUUGCUGAAAUGUACGUAGGCGACGACGUGUCGCCAGAUUUUUACGGUUGGGUUUUCCCGAAGUACGAUCACGUUGCGGUUGGGACUGGUACGGUUGUGAACAAGACUGCCAUUAAGCAAUAUCAGACUGCCAUGCGCAACAGAGCCGAGGAAAAGUGCGAGGGUGGUAAAAUUAUCCGUGUGGAGGCGCACCCGAUCCCGGAACAUCCGAGACCGAACAGAGUGAAAGGUCGUGUCGCGUUGGUUGGAGAUGCAGCAGGCUACGUCACGAAGUGCAGUGGCGAAGGUAUUUACUUCGCGGCCAAGUCAGGUCGUAUGGCAGCCGAGGCCGUUGUCGAACAAUCGAUGAAUGGAACGAAGGAAAUUGGCGAGACCGAUCUUCGUGUUUACCUUGACAAGUGGGAUCGCAAGUACUGGGCGACGUACAAGGUUCUUGACAUUUUGCAGAAAGUCUUCUACCGCUCUAAUCCGGCGCGUGAAGCCUUCGUUGAAAUGUGCGCGGAUGAGUACGUGCAGAAGAUGACUUUCGAUUCCUACCUGUACAAAACUGUUGUGCCGGGCAAUCCGUUGGACGAUGCGAAGCUCCUCGCCAAUACUGUUGCCUCACUGAUGCGCUCGAACGCUCUUCGCAUCGCGUCAAAAAGUGGCAUCGCCGCCUAA